GGGAGGGAGAGGGGGAGGGCGAGCCGGUUGGGGAGGGGGAGGGCGAGCCGGAGGGAGAUGUUGAGGUGGAAGAAGAGAUCGAUGUGGGGCACGAGGAGCGCCCGCAGCCGCCCCCUAGCGCCAACAGUGUAACACAAGCUACCACGGUUACUCCUAAUCAGGCGACCCAGCGCUCUGUGCAGACGCAGGCCGCUGUGAGGGCACCGGCCCGGAAAAGAAGGAGACAAAACGCAGAUGGUAGCUACAUUUCGUACACCGUGAUGGAGUUUAAUCAAUGCCUGCUGCGGCUGCUGGAGUGCCCGGUGUGCCUGGAGUGGAUGGAGCCGCCGAUGUGGCAGUGCCGGCGCGGGCACCUCGUGUGCGGCCGCUGCCGCGCGCGCCUCUCUGCCUGCCCCGUCUGCCGCAUCUCCUUCUCCUCCGUCAGGAACCGCGCCAUGGAAGGGGUGGCCGAGCUGCUGCACUACCCGUGCCGGCACGGCUGGGGGCGCGGGCCGCGGCUGCGCCGGCGCGAGGCGCACGAGGCCAACUGCGCCGCGCGCCGCUACGCGUGCUUCGCCCCCGACUGCGCCAGCCACCCCCUGCUGCCCAUUAAAGAUCUCUACAUCCACAUGCGGUACAAGCACUCCGCAAUGGUGAAGGUCGGCAAGAGCCAGCGUUUCUCAGUGAACACCAGCAACGAGGUGCACGAGAUAUGGCUGGUGUGCGCGGACGGGGAGCUGUUCCAGCUGCGCGUGGACGUGGACUCGCGCAGCUGCGGCCUACUCGUGCACCUCACAUACGUCGGCCCCAAGUGCAACGCCACCAACUUCACUUACCAGGUGACUGUGGAGGGUCGUCACGAGCGCAAGAUAGUGUACUGCCGGGAGGCGCACAGCGACCUGGAGAAUACGUCGCAGGCCAUCUCGCGCCAGGACUGCUUCUACCUCGGCCUCAAGCAGGCGCACAACUUCAUACGCGAGGACAACGCCCAGCAGAGGUUCGUCGACUUCUGCGUCGAUAUCAUCUGCCGCAGCGCCUCUGAUGACAACUCCAACGAUGAAUCUUCUAAUUAAUCAUUAUCUGCCGCAAAUGACAGUUUUAGCCAAGUCCCGUAAUACGCAGCCAUAUCGCUUAUUUAUCUCAUUUAAAUGUAGUAUGUUUGUCGUCUAUUUAAUCAGUAAUACGUAUACCUUUAAUAACAGAAUUGUAGUUCUUGCCAUUAUUACUAAAGGUGGAUAGAAGUAGUGUUUUGACUCUUUAUCUUAAAUCAAAUAUUCGCUUGUUAUUAUUCCUUGCUCCAAUAAAGGAUAGUUUGUAAGUGUCGUAGAUCUAUUAUCGUAAAUAAUCCUUGUAUUAACCACCUAAAAUUGAACAUUCCCCAGUUGGGAGACUGAAAUACUAAGCGAUUUAAUUUAGAAAUAUAUUCCUUAGCUUAGUUUUAGAUAUUUA